CAUUCAUAAGCUAGAAUAGAGAUGCACGAAGACCGUUUCAGAGUUAUAAAACAUCACCCCCUUGCCGGACCGCCGAUUACUUAAAAUGCCCUGUCCAACAUAUAUAAAAUUGAAAUGUAACCGUUGAAACACCGAAAAUAAAACCUAGAGAAAAAAAAAACUGUUGCAUUUUACCAGAUUAAGGACAUAACCCCAACCGACAUUCGAGAUCAGGCUGGUAGAAUUUGCAAAUAUCAUUGUGAAUUUGAUUAAAAAUAGGGUGGAUUGAAAAUUCCGCAGUAAAAGGCGGCGGUGGUGGCGGCAGUGGCGAUUGCGAUGGGCAUGAAAGGUAGGUGGGCUUUCGCAAUAAUAUUCAUUUUGUUGGGACUUGUGUCAGAAUGCCAGAGCCAGGAUGCACAACUUCUUUCUAAAUCACAAAUUGAAGAUUGUUCGAAGACCGGGCUUGAAGAUUUGGAUUGCACUUCCAAGCUCGUACUGGAGAUUGUAGUUCCAAGCGGAACGAAAGGCAGUUCCAAUACAAUUGAAGUACCUAUAGACAAGGCCCGGAAUGUCUCAAGUGGAAGGAUGCAAAUUUUCAAAGAUCCAUACAAAAUAGCUAUUGAAAAAAGCUCGAUAAAUGUCAUCUUUACACUAUCAUAUGUAAUGGAUGCUAAUUUUCAACCACAUGAAAUUGCUUUUUCACUAUCUAAAUGCCAUCCCGCAAAUGAUUACCGGAUGGGUAUAUGCUCAAGAAUGCGAGAUAGGUAUAACAACCCAAUUGAGGGAACUGAGGGCAUAUGUUGUCGGUGUGGAAACAAAUUUAGACUUCAUAACUGUAGAAAGAAAUCAAAAAGUGUGCAUUGUCUUCGAUAUAGUCGUAGAUGGUAUCGUACAUUUGCACUUCAACAACCAACUCUUCAAUUUUAUGUCAAAAUUAUAGUUUCUAAAGAUGAAAAGGAAUUGAGCAUCAUUUACCUUGGUCCUGCCAUUCCACAAGGAGUGACAUAUGACAAGUUUUUAAAGGCAUCUAUUCAAGGAGAUUAUAUAAAUUAUCAAGGAAUUCCAAAAAUGGAAAAUUUCUAUUUGUCUGCCCCAAAAAAUCUUGAAGGCAACGGACUUGACUAUGAUUAUAAUAGAUGGAUGUUGAUAGAAAGAACACGCUACACAUUUGGAAAUGAAUGUAACAAGAUUGGUAUAGGUCCUAAAGGAUUUCGGAAGCAAAUAGGAUUUUGUACUUCACCUAUGGAUUCUUGCAUACAUAAUCAAUUGUUCCAUUUUUAUAACUGGGAUCAAUCUGCAAUGAGAAGAAACCAACUUCCUCAAUAUGUAAUUGCAAGAAGAUUCGAGAGAAUAAAUGAUGCCUUGACUAAACCACAAGAUGGUCAAUUGUCCUUGGGUAUUACAGAAGAACUAAUGACAAACAUUUUGCUGGAAAUCAGGGCAGAUGACAUCAGAUUUAUUGUCAAUGUGAGCUCAGGAAAUAUUACCACUUUCUAUAUUUCAACAGUUGAAGCUCUAACUAAACCUACAACAGCAAUAGUGUCUAUAAGAAACACCGGUGAUCUUAUUGCAUCAUACUAUGUUAGUGUACAAUGCACAAAAGGUGUCAAUCCUGUAUUGGAAAAGUCAUUGAGCAUAGAGCCCAAUAAAACUACUUCGACAAUGUUUGACAUUACAGUAAAUCAAGUAAUAGCAGUGGAUCAUAAUUGUACAGUCACCUUGCUAGAUGCCGAAUUCAAAUAUCUGGAUAAGAAAACUGCUUGGUUUUCAGUAACUGCCACUGAAUUUGAUAGGGGAAAACAGACAGGUUUCAAUGCCACUCCAAUUGGAAACAUGAUCUCUUCGGAAGGAGGAAAUGGUAUUCAAACAUUCUUUUCAAAAGUUGGCAAAUCUUUUCUCGACUUCAGUAGGAAGAUUGUACACAAACUUGGUAAUGGGCUUGCAGGUUUCUUCAAUGGAAAAAAUUGCAAGAAAUGUUCUUUCUUGAACUUGAAAUGUCAAUUUACAAAUAUAUGUAUCAAGAACAUGUUGAAGUUGGGUUGGAUGAUUAUAGUCAUUCUAGCAGGUUUACUCAUUAUUUGUCUAUUAUGUAGAUUGCAAAUGAUACAAAGCAUGUUGUCUACAAUGUUAAAGAUCAUACAUUUAUUACUCAAGAUUUUCAUAAAAAUUAUGAAAGGAGUGGCUGCUACAUUAAAGGGUUGUAUGGUGUGUAUAAUAAUAAAAAGCAAUAAAUUAAAGGAAGGUCACAUGAUACUGAAAAAUAAAGUAUCAUGGGAUUUUAAGAAAAGGAAAGGGAUCAAGGAAAUAAGGAAAAUGAAGCUUAAAGGUGUCAAAGAAAAGGGAGAGGCAGAGGGUUAUCAACCUCCCGAGUCCUUGCGAAACGUGGAGGUGGAAAGAAUUCAAAUAUUACCACCGGUGGUGUUAAGGGCAUGCAGGGACCGGAGAGAUUCGAAGAAAGAAAGUGCUUCAAAGAACAACACAACUUCAGCUAGAGAUGUGGCAGGGCCAUCUUCAUCUUCCGCUGUCAAUUUGGAAUGCGAAUAUAUCGAUCGAAGCCUUAUGGAAGAAUGA